AUGUCAGAGCCAACGCUGGCCGAGGCCGGUCCCGCGGGGGCCAGGGAGGACGCCUGUCGGGAGUAUCAGUCAUCCCUCCAAGACCUGACCUUCAAUAGCAAACGGCACAUCAAUAUGCUGACCAUGGUAGCCGAGCAGAACCUGCCCUUCGCCAAGGAGAUCGUCUCUCUCAUCGAGGCCCGAAUCGCCAAGGCUCCUUCCUCAGAGAAGCUUCCUGUUCUGUACCUUAUGGAUUCUAUCGUGAAAAACGUUGGGCGAGAGUACCUCGCUGCCUUUGCUACAAAUCUAGUUGCAACAUUUAUUUGUGUGUUUGAAAAGGUGGAUGCAAAUACUAGAAAACGUCUAUUUAAGUUACGUUCCACAUGGAAUGAGAUAUUCCCAUUGAAGGAACUUUAUGCCCUGGAUGUCAGAGUCAAUUCGUUAGAUCCUGCUUGGCCUAUUCGACCUCUACCCCCCAAUGGGAAUCCAUCUAGCAUCCAUGUGACUCCUACAUUGCUCAAUAAAUCGCCUGAAGAGCCUUCAGCUGGAAAGAUUCGCCACUCUGGGUGUAAGCAGUCACACAUGCAAGACUUUAUGCCACCUUCCAGGGAAGAAAGAAAUGCUAAGAGAAGCGCUGAACAGGAUGUUCAUGAUCCAAAGCGAAGAAAAAAGACUGAAGAGGAACGGCCGCAUGAAACUACCAGUCAGCCAGUGGGUGGGCUCAGGUUUGAGGGACAUCGGGGUCAACCUGUGGGAAGUCUGAGGUUUGAGGGACCUCACGGUCAGCCUGUGGGUGGGCUUAGAUUUGAUAAUCCCGGAGGUCAGCCUGUAAGUGGACAUAGAUUUGAGGGGGGUCAUGGUCCAUCAGGAGCUGCAAGGAGGUUUGAUGGGCCUCACGGUCAGCCAGCAGGUGAGAUCAGAUUUGAGGGCCCUUUGCUACGGCAGGGAGUCGGAAUGAGGUUUGAGGGCCCCCAUGGUCAGUCAGUAGCUGGUCUGAGGUUUGAAGGACAACAUAAUGCACUUGGUGGAAACCUUAGGUUUGAAGGUCCACAUGGUCCACCAGGGGUUGGGAUCAGGCUUGAGGGACCUUUAGUCCAACAAGGAGGGGGAAUGAGGUUUGAGCGUCCUGUACCAGGAGGUGGACUGAGACUUGAAGGGCCUCUGCGUCAAGGUGGUCCAAGAUGGAAAGGUUGUCAUGCUUUCAGGUCUGAUGGGCAGCCAGGUCAGCCCUCACUCUUACCAAGAUUUGAUGGAUUACAUGGCCACCCAGGCCCUAGAUUUGAAAGAACUGGUCAGCCAGGCCCACAGAGAUUUGAUGGACCACCUGGACAGCAGGUUCAACCAAGAUUUGAUGGUGUUCCUCAAAGAUUUGCUGGUCCACAACACCAGCAAGCAUCAAGGUUUGACGCUCCCCUUGGUCUUCAAGGCACAGUUCUGACUGGCGUUGCUCAGCCAGUACCAUUUGGCCAGGGACAACAAUUUUUACCAGUUCAUCCACCAAAUCCUGGAGCAUUUGUUCAGAAUCCUCCAGGAGCUCUUCCUAAGGCAGAUCCCGAUAAUCACCUCAGUCAGGUGGAUGUCAAUGAAUUGUUUUCAAAACUGCUAAAAGCAGGAAUUCUCAAAUUGUCCCAGCCUGAUUCAGCGACAACACAAGUCAAUGAAGUUGCUGCUCAGCCUCCCGCUGAAGAGGAGGAAGGUCAAAAUGAAGAUCGAGAUGUUCCAGAUCUUACCAAUUUUACAACCGAAGAGUUAAAACAACGUUAUGAUAGUGUUAUAAAUCGACUGUACACUGGUAUUCAGUGUUCCUCUUGUGGAAUGAGGUUUACAACAUCACAGGCAGAUGUAUACGCAGAUCACUUGGACUGGCAUUAUUGGCAAAAUAGAACUGAAAAAGGCGCUAGCAGAAAGGUUACUCAUAGACGUUGGUACAACAGUUCAGCAGACUGGAUAGAAUGUGAGGGAACAGCUGAUUUGGAAGAACGUGCAAAGAGCCAGUUUUUUGAAAAGGUGCAUGAAGAAGUUGUGCUCAAAACUCAGGAAGCUGCUAAAGAAAAGGAGUUCCGAAGUGUGCCGGCAGGGCCAGCUGGAGCAGUGGAGAGUUGUGCAAUCUGUCAAGAACAAUUUGAACAAUACUGGGAUGAAGAAGAGGAGGAGUGGCAUUUAAAGAAUGCCAUUAGAGUGGAUGGAGAGACUUAUCAUCCAUCAUGUUAUGAAGAUGACCAAAAUACAUCUUCAUUUGAUUGUACACCAUCUCCCAGCAAGACCCCAUUUGAAAACCCUUGGAACAUUAUGUUGAGCGCUGUCAAAAAUGAAUCGCAGGAACCCCGUGACAGUCCCAAAGUUAAGGAAGAACAAAUUGAUGCCCCACCAGCUUGUACAGAGGACAGCACAGCAACACCCGUCCAUUAA